UGUGAAUGAUUUGACGAGUGACGCGGGAAAGGUCGCGCGCCAAUUCGCAUUGCCAUGGUUUUCCCGCUCAACUCCAAAUCUUAUAUCAUCUCUUCUCCCUUCCCUUCCCAUUCCCACUCUCUCCAAAACCCUAACCCUUCACUCUUCUCCGCUCCCACCAACAAUGCCAGUCAUCGCCGCCAAGCGCACGCUCCGCUCCCACCCCUCCUCGCCCCCCCGCAAGUCCCCGCGCCGAUGCCUCGCCGCCACCCCCAAAGCUAUCAGAUUCGCCGACGAAAACCAACCCGAUCCGGCAGCUGUGAAGCCCAAGUGGAAUCCCAAAGACGGUGAGCAGUUGAAGAUGGUGAAGUUGGCAUUGCACUUGUCCACUGCUCCUUCUUCGGUUGUGUGUCGCGAGGAGGAGCAGAGUGUGGUGUUAGGGUUCUGCAAGGGCUGCGUUGAGCAUCAAAAGGCUGGGAGUCUCUACUUAUGCGGGUGUCCCGGAACUGGGAAAUCGUUGUCUAUGGAGAAAGUGAAAGAGCAGUUACUCAAUUGGGCUACCGAGGCAGGUCUUCCAGGACCAGAUGUUUUAUCUCUAAAUUGUACAACCCUUGCAAAUACAUCUGAUAUUUUUACAAAGAUACUUGAGUUAAACCAACCUCAGGGUAAAAAGGUUUCAGCCACACCGUUACAGCAACUUCAGAACAUGUAUUCUCAGAAAUCUUCUAUGAAGAAGAUGACGUUAAUAGUGGCUGAUGAAUUAGAUUAUUUGAUAACCAAAGACAGAGCCGUUCUCCAUGAUCUUUUCAUGCUCACCACCUUUCCUUUCUCUAGAUGUAUAUUAAUAGGUGUAGCAAAUGCAAUUGAUCUAGCUGAUCGGUUUCUUCCAAGGCUUACAUCAUUAAAUUGCAAGCCUAUUGUUGUAAAUUUUCGAGCUUACACUAAAGAUCAGAUCCUCAAGAUUCUUGAAGAAAGGUUAAAUGAACUUCCUUACACUGUCUUCCAAAAGCAAGCCCUGGAACUGUGUGCUAGGAAAGUUGCUGCAGCUUCUGGAGACAUGCGGAAUGCUCUAUGUAUAUGCAGGAGUGCAAUAGAGAUGCUUGAAGCAGAAAUUAGAGAAUCUGCGUGCAAUUUGAAUACUUCAUUGGAAGAGAAAUCUCUUAAUCUUGCUACAUCUCCUGAUUUUAUCAAGAAACGAGAAUUUGAUGUUGUAAGGACUGAUCAUAUGGCUCUUACCUUGUCCAAGACAUAUAGAUCACCGGUGGUGGAUACAAUACAAGCUCUUCCACAUCAUCAGCAGAUUAUACUCUGCUCAUCUAUGAAACAUUUUCUUGGUGCCAAGAAAGAUACAAACCUUGGAGAGUUGUAUAAAUCGUACGUGGAGUUAUGCAAAUCAUCUAUAAUUCCUCCAGCAGGAUUUUUAGGAAUUUUAGAAUUUUCAAACAUGUGCAGAGUGCUAAAUGACCAGGGCCUUAUUAAAUUAGGACAAGCUCGAGAGGAUAAAUUAAGAAGAGUGUCGCCUAAAGUAGAUGAGGGUGAUAUUACUUUUGCAUUGCAGGGAAUACGAUUUUUUCAAAACUGUCUUAAAUGAUUCUGCUGAUAGAUGGGUAGUUUUUAUUCAGCUUGAUCUGAGAUCAGACUCUUCCUUAGUUUAAGAUAAACAUGUGGUUCAAGCCGGUGUCUCUUCAUUAUAAAGUGGUACACUCGACCAAGCAUGGAUUUAAAGUCACUUGUGCAGAAUUUUCACCUUAGUAGCAAAAUGUGUUCAGAGAAUUUUUUUAUGCUAUUUUAUUUUUUCUGAUCCCACCUAUUAGUGAGAUAAAGCUCUAUUGUAUUACUUAUUGUAGCAAAAAACAGAAAUAGAUACAUUUUUUUAUUUCACACAAAUAAAAUAAUUUUUUCAAAUGUCAAAAUCAGCAACGAAUGUCAUGUUGAAGUCGGAAGAUUGUAAAACAAAUCUCCAAAUGGUUGCAAUCAAAUGCAUAAAAUUAGUUUGAUAAA